AUAUUCAAUUGCAAUUGCCAUUCCUCUCUUUCCUUCUCCCAUUUCUAACCGUUCCUUCUCUCUCUUCCGUGCCGUUUCCUGGAAAAUUCAUCUCAAGAAUUUUCCCGGAGAAAAGGCAUCUUCAUCAUUUACUCAAUUCAUUUAUCUCCAAAAUUAUCUAGCCACUGCUACUGCUUGAUCGUUUGUUGAUACAAUUUUGUGUAUUAAGUAGUUACGUGAUUUUCUUAGGUUCAAUUUGAAAAUUGCUGUGGAUAAUUUUGAUUGGAAUUGGGAGUAGAGAUGACAACGAGUCAAGGAGGAGGACCGUCGUCGAGGAGGAGCUCGAUGUCGUUGACGAGCACGACAUCUAACUUGAAGAAGAAAACAGCGGGUGAUAUUAAUGGUGGAGGAGGAGGACAACCUGAUUCCGCUCCUCGAAAGUCCAUGUCGUCGUCUCGUUCCAUGGGAUUGACCGGAGAGCGGACAGUGAAGAGACUGCGACUGUCGAAAGCCCUAACAGUACCUGAUACUACAAGUAUUUAUGAAGCUUGCCGCAGGAUGGCUGCUCGCAGAGUUGAUGCUUUAUUGCUAACUGACUCAAAUGCAUUACUAUGUGGUAUCCUGACAGAUAAGGACAUAGCAACAAGGGUUAUUGCUCGUGAAGUUAAUACUCAGGAAACACCAGUUUCAAAGGUUAUGACAAAAAAUCCAGUUUUUGUGCUUUCUGACACACUAGCUGUAGAAGCCUUGCAGAAAAUGGUGCUAGGAAAAUUUAGGCAUUUGCCAGUUGUGGAAAAUGGAGAGGUCAUUGCUUUGCUUGAUAUAGCAAAAUGUCUUUAUGAUGCUAUUGCUCGACUUGAAAGGGCAGCUGAGAAAGGAAAGGCCAUUGCAGCUGCUGUUGAGGGAGUUGAAAAGCACUGGGGCUCAUCUGUUUCUGGUUCUAAUACAUUUAUUGAAACACUUCAGGAGCGGAUGUUCAGGCCUUCACUGUCAACCAUCAUCUCUGAGAAUUCAAAGGUUGUUAUAGUUGAACCAAGUGAUACUGUUUUAGCGGCAGCAAAAAAGAUGCUUGAAUCUCGAACAAGCUCUGCUAUAGUAAUGGUUGACAACAAACCACGAGGAAUUUUAACGUCAAAAGACAUGUUGAUGCGAGUCGUAGCUCAAGAUCUUUCCCCUGAGUCCAUUCUCGUUGAGAGGGUAAUGACCCCUAGUCCAGAAUGUGCUACAACAGAUACACCUAUUGUUGAUGCUUUACAUACAAUGCAUGAUGGCAAAUUUUUACACCUUCCUGUGGUUGAUAAAGAGGGAACGGUAGUUGCUGUCCUUGAUGUUCUUCAUAUCACUCAUGCAGCUGUAGCCACGGUGGGAAAUGCUGCUGGAGCGAAUAAUGAAGCUGCAAACACUAUGAUGCAAAAAUUUUGGGAUUCAGCUAUGGCGUUGACUCCGGAUGAUGAUGAAGAGACACCGAGCGAGGGUUCACAAAAAUUAGCUUCUGAAGGUGCAGAAACAGGAAGAUCAAUUCCCUAUCCUCCGGCAAGCCUGCCAAAUACUUUUGCUUUCAAGAUUCAAGAUCGAAAGGGAAGGAUGCACAGAUUCAACUGUGAUAUACGGAGCAUGACAGAUCUCAUAACUUCAAUCAUUCAGAGAAUGGGCGACGACAUUGACCGGAACAACCUUCCGCAGAUUCUGUAUGAAGAUGAAGAUCAUGACAAGGUUAUUCUAGCAUCAGAUAGUGAUCUUAUAACAGCAGUUGAACAUGCAAGGUUGUCAGGUUGGAAGGGAUUAAGAUUGCAUUUAGACUAUUCAGGAACGCCUGGCCGGAGGAGAGGUUCGCAGUCCGAAAGUUUGGAUUAUGCUCAUCCAGAAACUGCAUGGGCUUCAGCCUAUACCGCUGUAGCAGCUGGUGCUGCAUUAGCUGCGAGUUUAGGUUUAUUUGCUUUCUUAAGGAGAUCCAGUGAAUGAUCACAUCGAAGUUGCCACUUGAUAUACUCUGCACCAGGAGCAGCAGAUUGGAAAUAUUAAUGGGUCAGUUUGAUUUGUAUUGUGCUAUAGGAUUUGGAUCGGUAGCUCUAAAUUUUGGAGUCCAUUUUAUAUUUUGCCUGGAAGCUGAAUUUGCAGGUGUCACUGGUUUAUAGUGCUGAGAAUUGUGUCCCCUACACCCUUUGUAAUUAGCUCUCUGACCUAAGCAAAUUUUAGUUCCCGGAGUGUAACAGAAUUCAGGUGAUCAUAUCUGCAUUGAUAUUUAUGCACAGAUAUUUUGCGAAACAAAUUUGUUUGUGCUUGUAAUGACAAACUUACAUUUAUUGUUCAUGUCAGUGAAAAGGGGAAAAAAACAGAUUGGUUGAA